CGUCUGUAUGUUUUCCUGCUGCGCUGAGGGCUGCUUGGUGAUAAUGGCGUGCAGCACCACAGACAACUCCAGGUUAUGUGAUGCACACAGCUUGUUGAAGGCAGGGCUGCCACAGCUUGUCGGAAAAGGCAUCUUUAUACAAGUGUGAAGGAUGACUUCGUGCUCAGAGAUCUGUGUGUCGGAACACAGUGAGCAGGCUCAAUCCAGCGGAAAGUACCAACAGUAUGGAGUCCGCUCCUACCUCCACCAGUUCUAUGAGGAGUGCACAGGUUCUAUCUGGGAACGUGAUGAAGAUUUUCAGAUUCAGAGAUCGCCAAGCAGGUGGAGCUCUUUACUCUGGAAGGUCUGUCUCACAUUUGGUACACUGAUCCUCAUUACAGGCCUUAUUGUUGUUUUGGUGGGUUACGCAACACCAACUAAGACUGAAGCAUUUGGUGAAGAUGAUCUCCUCUUUGUUGACAGCCACGCUGUCAGUUUCAACCGUGCACUGGAUGUUUGCAAGCUGACUGGCGCGGUGCUGUUCUGUGUGGGUGGCACUUCCAUGACUGUGGGUCUCCUGCUGUCUGCUUUUGCCAAAAGCUACUCCAAAGAGGAACUGUACCUGCAGCAUAAGUUUAAGGAGCGGUUAGCCGAUCUUCAUGCAACAGUUGGUUCAUCAAUAAUGAGAGCACCAACUCCUGGGGGAGGAAAGGUGCCUGUAACUCUCUCCAAAGUUCAGAACAUACAACCUGUGGCCACAAAGGCAGAGACCUGAUUGACACCUAAAUAAAGAAAGGCAUAAUGUAAAAUUGAGCUCAGGACUGAUUGGUGUGCAGAAUGUGUAUGAGUCAGUGCACAUGUGGUUGUUCAUCUAUAUGAGCAGUUAUCUUUUUAAAAGAUCAGUUUACAUGACCGCUGUUGUUCCUUCCUCAUCUUUGUUUGCCAUUUUUAUAUUUUAGCCUCAUUUUUCACCAUUAACACAGCUGGAUAAAGUGUGCUGUCAUCAUUUCAACAAUAGUGGUAAAAACUCACAGAGCAGGGCGACCUUAUACAGAUAAUAAAGCACAGAAGCAAGUAAAAAAGCAGUAUCCAGUCAAAAACAGCCGAGCAUUGCUUUCGACAGUGAUUCACAAUUUGUAAAAUGAUGGAGGCUGUUAUUGAGAAAGAGGAGGUGAAGGGAGCAGAUCAGCUCAGUUUAUCCAAAGGUCGACAGGGAAAUUAUGAUUUUCAAAAUAGGAAUUAGUCUGAUACUAUUCUAGAUCAUGAGUGCUUUAUUUGGGUGCUUUUUGUCAACAAACCAGAGAUUUGGCAUUUUAAAUCCCUACAAAAAAGUCAAAUUUAUGUCAAUUUUACGUAGGCAUUUCUUUCUGGCUUAUUAUUCCUCUAACCUUGUUUCUUCAUUAAACCUUCAGACAGGAUCAAUAGACUGAGCUUAGACACAGAGAAAAAAAUCUAUAUUGCACAAGGGAAAACAUGCAAAACAGAAUGGCUUGACAAAAAAAGAAAAAAAGCAGUGCCAUCUGCUAUUACUAGUAACCUUUAGUUGCUGUUUCAAAUGUAAGAAUAUUUAAAAUAGAAUCAUAUAGGAACACAUGUAUUCAUGACAGUCAUAGCUCAUUUUAUGCCAUCCUGCUGUUCACUAUCUGGUCUUAUUUGUAAAAACUAAAAUCAAAUAAUUGCUUGGAGGGAGAUAAACACAACAAGCAGGUUACAUAACAGGCAGAUAGAUGAUGAGGACACGCUGAACUUGCUGAUGAGCAAUAAAAUUGCAUUUGACAGCAGUAAUGGAUGAGCUGCUGUGACUCAGAGAUGCCCAAUGAUGGUUUCACUUACAAAACUUGAAAUUAUACAGUCACACCCAGCUGAACAUGAUCACAUGUAAUACUACUAAAGAAAGGCAUUAUAUCUUCAGAAAUGUUUUGUUUUAUCUAUGUGCUGAGAUUUAACGUUAGGAGUGCUUUUAUUUUUAUUAGGUUAUUCAGGUUAAUCAUUCAUACCUGACUGUAGUUUAUAAGCACAGAUAGAGAAAAUGACUAUUUUUUGCUGCUUCUUAGGCACUUGUGUUAAUAUAAAUAAACCAGUUGUUUCUGUUCUUGUUGCUGCUACUUUUUUUGUUUAAUCUGUUGGAUUACGGAUGAAAUAACUAAUAGAACAGGUUAUACUGGACCUCAUCAGAACAAUGCUUGAACAGAAGAUCCUGUCAAGAUCAUUUACAGUGUCCCAUUUUCAAAUAAAUGCAGCAACACCUUAGGGUAUUAUAAGCAUCAAAUGAUAAAGUCCUUUGCUCAUCACAUGUAUUCAUGUAAGUGGACCUUUUAUUAUUGUUUAUGCAACCUGCAGUCUUUCUACAAAGUGCAGCAAGUUCCUUUUGAAUUAUUUGGUUCCAAACAUACAUGUUGGUAAUAACAAAAUAAAAAAUAUGUGCCAGUGACGCUUACUGAGCGGUAACAAGAAUCUGAGCUGUUGAAAAAUGCAUAAACCCUAUGGUGUGGUCUGAAUCUUAAUAAGUGAUUAGUGAUUAUAAACUGCCGCGCUGUUGUAUGUUAAUUUAACAUUUCAAAAGAUGUGUUUGUUUAAAUAAUUUUUAUUUUAAUCUAUUAUUCCAACUCAAUUUCUCGAUACAGAUACAGAUGUAAGAGUCACUUAUCCCAAAAAAUAAUAAAAAUGGCAUCUAUUGGAUUAAAACAAGAUAUAUCACUGUCUACUGUAUCUACAGUAUGGUUAUUUUUCAAAAGACACAAUAAAAACAAAAUUUUCACAGCUCAAAAA